AAACCCUUUUAAAUUGGAAAGUGCAGGCAAUAUUUCGAAAGCUAGAGAAAAAAAGAAAAGAAAAACAGAAAGGGCAACUGUAAUUACGUUCUUGCUGGUGUUGUGCACUGGGCUAUUUGAGCCAAGAAGUCGCUAUAGAACACCACGGAAGCAAGAUGGACAUCACAGCCGAAAUGAAGCAAUGGCUAUCAGGCAUCACCCCUGAGAAGAAGGCAAAGCUGGUUUUCUUCUCUUCUCAUGCUUAUACUCCCUGUGGUAAGAUAAACCCGAAUGUCGAGACAACCCUGAACCUGCUGGCAAAUGCUAUCGCUCUUGGAAAUUUCAACAAAAUAGAUGAUUAUCUGGAGGAGAAGGUAAAGGCCUUUUCUCGUCAUAAUGUGGAUAAAAAAGAAAUCUCAGAGGCAGAUUACACAUGUCUGAGUUUCUUCUCCGCUUGUAAAUAUUUGAAUGUUGUUCCUCCUUUUCUUGGUUUGGAGAAAGUAUCUUCUAUUCAAGACAAGUUUGAAAUGAAGGACAAGGAGCGAGACUAUCGCUUCCUGCUGGAUUCUGCCGACCUUGUGCUAGAAAAGAUCUGUGACUCACUGACGCUAGCAGGAGUAGCGCAGAUUUGGUCAGCUAUGAGAAAAGUUGAGAUGCUAACCAAAGAUGUGCAUAACAUAGAUGUUAUUGGUUUCUCCUGCGAUUUAGAGCCAAUAGGGAUGAAGGAGUGCCUAUUCUUCUUUAUAGUUCGUAAUAUGCAAAUGCUAAAGGAAAUCAACAAUGUGUGUACAAACAGACUAGAGCGCCUCAUAGCGGAAUGUGAGGAAAACUCAGCCUGUGAAGAGGGGAAAACACUUAGAUCUAUUAUAGAGGGCCUGCGUUGCUACCCAGUGGAGGGCUAUCCUUUUGGCUUCUGUCUCAUACUGUCUGUUCACCACAACCGGGAUGGAGCGAAGAAAGAAUUCCAGAAUGUGUUAACUGUCUCCAAGUAUCUAGGCAUGAUAUCGUACGAGAUAAAGGAUCCAAAGGAAAAGACAAUCGAAGAGAUGGAAAAUGAGCUGAAGAAGCCUAAAUAUCGGUUCUACAGUUCCUUCACUUGCUGGUUCAUGUCUCAUGGGGAUAAAAAAUCCAUAGAGCUUGCUGACGGGAAGACUAUUGAAAGAGAAAGUUUUCUUACAAAGUUCUCCGACAUAGAUUCUUUCAAGCUGAAGCCAAAAGUAUUCUUCAUGGUGUCAUGCCUAGGUAAAAAGAAGUUCAGGCUUGAAGCUGAUGACAGUGAGAGCCUUAGUACAACAGAGGAUCAAUAUGCUAUUACCAGCAUCAAAGUCAGGGAGGAAUUCAGUGACACUCCCGUCAGAGGGCGCAACAUUUCUGAUACACAGCCCAUGAUGGACACUCUUGUAGCCUACUCAACAAUGCCCGACAACCUAUCUGGGCGGAAUAUCACUCACGGAUCCAUCUACGUGAACCGUGCGUGCAUGCUGAUGUCUGAAAACAUUAGCAGAGGGAAAAACCUCACAGAGAUCCUGGAGCAUAUCAGCCAAGAACUGCAUGAAAUUGUGCAAGAAAAAGAGGAAGAGGAUUGUCUGUACAAGCAAGGGUGUCACUAUCAUUCCUAUUUUCGGAAGACACUUAAGCUGCCUCAUGAACGUAACAACGAUUAAGCAAUUUUCAUUGUCUUUAUCUAAGGUGUAUGCACGCAGACGGACUGGCAGACUCACACGCACACACACACACACACACACACACACACACGCACACACGCACACACGCACACACGCACACACGCACACACGCACACACGCACACACGCACACACACACACACGCACACACACACACACACACACACACACAAUUAGUAUUUAAUCUAAUUAGAAUAUGCGUUUAUAAUUAUAAUGAUUAAUCUUGUAUACAUUAGGGAUAUGAUUUACUUGAAAGCUACACAUAUGAUCAGUUUUUGUUAAUUCCUAAUAGUAAACUUAAGAACAUAUCCUUAAAUGGGUCAUCCUGUAUAAUAACUUGGAAAUUUGCAUAUAAUUCCUACAGAAGUACACUUAUAAUGUUGUUUGUAAUUGAAAGUCUCUGUAACCAGGUCAAUGAAUAAUGCUUCAGAGUUACUUGCUGCUCGUAUAUAUCAAUAUACAUACCCGCAUACAUAUAUGAUAAUGACGAUGAAUUUCAUGGUAAUGGUAAUUAGGAUGAUGAAGAUGAAUGCUAAUAAUGAUGAUGAUAAUGACAAUGAUGAUAAUAAUGAUGGUAAUAUCACCCAUCAGCUUCGGAUUUAUGUGCUGUCCAAUGCAGUUUAUUUUGUGAAUUUUAUUCCCCAUAGAUGGCUCCACCAGAGCUCAACCAUCAAGGAGUCAGUUAAUAAUAUUUAAUUCCUUGAAAUUAACGUUAUUAUUUGUUAUUGCUAUAACCAUCAAUAUUGCUAUUAUAUUUUGAUUAUAUUGUUAUUAAAGUACUAAUAACAAUAAAAACAUUAAAAAAAAAGUACUUGUUAGGCUAAAAUUACUUUGGAUAUGGCAUGUGUUGUUGCUAUACGUGACAAUGAGUUAAUAUUGAUGAUGGUGAUAGUGAUAAUAAUACUGAUAAUAAUACUGAUGAUGAUG